AUGUACACUAGUUAUAGCCAAGUACUUCGUGUUUUAGUACUCUGCUUUCUUCUCGUCACUUGCCGGACCUUUGAAUACUGCAAGAAAAUCGAUGCAGCGAAAUGCGAGACCGACGAAGGGACCAUAGACCUGUGGAAGCUUGCUCGAAGUGAUGGACAACCCAAAUUCAAGGAUAUACCAGACAAUAAAGUGUCAAACCAGUACUACAGUUUCAACCCCGGGAAGUCCUGGUCCGACACGAGGAGACAAACAGGCGAUUUUAACUCCUGUCAAAAUAUUGCCGCAUGCAUGCGCUAUAGCUCUUCUUCAGCUGGCGACAGCAUAUAUGCCAACAUUGGUACCCAGUCCAGUGUAGACUUUAUCCAUAAUCCAUCUGAUGGUACAUGUACGAUGAGUCUGAAAGGACAAUAUUUGAGCACAAAUACUAAGACGCUGAUUACAAUUAUCUGCAACGAAGAAGAAGAAGGCAAGCUUGAUCUGUUUGUUGCUGAUGAGAGGUCUGGAUCAUGGACCUACACAUCAACUCUUCAGACAAAGCAUGCCUGUUUUUCUCCCUUGAGUAUCGGAUCAAUUAUUUUGAUCACAUUUGUGUCGGUUGUUGUGGUGUACUUCGUGGCAGGGAUCGUGUUUAACAAGUUCAAGAGAGGAGCUAGUGGAAAGGAUAUUUGUCCUAAUUAUGGUUUCUGGUCAGAUUUGCCGUUUCUCGUCAAGGAUGGUAUUGUGUUUUCAGUCCAGACAUGUCGAAGUAAGGUUUCUGGUAGGAAGGAAGAUUACGCUUCUAUAUAACUAGAUUAGUUAUAAUAUUGAUAUUUUUAUGCAUUACUAUUUUCAAAACGU